AUGAAGUCACUCGAGUUCCGCAUUCGAAAACUGCACGUCAACACUGACACCGACAAGAGGCUGCAGAAAAAGCAACCGUCUCGGGUUUAUGUGAAUGAGGAAGCCCUCAUUGAGUUGACGGGCACAAGAGAUGGCGGCAGGGUCGUUUGCUUAGAGAAGGUUUCGGCCUCACCAGAUGAACCCCCAAUUCGCCGAGAGGCCACCCUCUGGAAAGCACCCGAAAAGUUGGACAAGACGGUUACGCAAAUGUACGAUGCCUUCCGGGAUGCUUGUGGUUACAAACUGGGCGAGCAGGUCCGCAUCACUUCACUAGGAGGCCCGCUCCCCGACGCCGAUGAGGUCGUCAUAGAACAACCCCCCAACCAGGAUGGCUCUCCUCCUAGCCCACUUGCCCCUGAGGAUAUUUCUGGCUGGGAGUUUGUUCUGGCCGGCCGUCUAUCCCAGGUCGAGCAUGUCUUUGCUGGCCUCCUUUUGAAGAAUCUCUUCGCCAGGGGGCCCGAGAGGUCUUUCCUGGUGACAUCUGUAAAUGGCAGGAAUACGGGAAACGCUCGCUACCAUGACCGGAAAACAGCCAUCAAGCUUGCCACUACCGCGCCUACAAGCAGCCAACCAGACCGGGUGUCGGCGCGGAAACUCGAAGUGACAGGCAUUCGGGGGCUAGACCCGCAAAUCCGUCAGCUCAACAACGUCUUGGGCUGCUUUGACGCAGACAUUCCCUUCAGGAAAAAGCCGUCUUACCGUGGUAUUGUCAUACAUGGUGGUCACGGCACGGGCAAGACGAUGCUGUUGAACAACAUCGCCGGCACCGGUUGGGGUACCGUCUUCCGCAUCCAGUACAAGGACAAGCUCUCUGAGAUCCAAGAGGUGUUUCAGAAGGCGAGGUUGCAACAACCCAGUAUCGUACUCAUCGACCAGCUCGAGCGCCUGAUUGACAAGGAGCGCAGCAACCGCGCCGCUGUCAUCCUUGCCCUUUGUGAGGCACUCGACACUCUCGCCGCAGAUGCCGCCACUAAGGGGGAACUCCCCAAGGUGGUUGUCAUUGCCACAUGUCUCGACUACACCACGGAUAUACCUGAUGAUUUGAAGGAACCCCGUCGUUUCACCAGCGAGAUCUACCUCGCUCUGCCAGAUGUCGAGGGUCGGAAAGAGAUCCUGGCGGCCCUCGACCUCGACGUCGCUCCCGACCAGGAGCAAGACCUACUGCGCGAUUUGAGCGAACGCACCCACGCCUAUAAUGGCAAGGACCUUUCCCGGCUGGUAGACGAGGCAGACUUGAUCGCACGGGUCCGCCACUGUCAGAUAUCCCCAGCGCAGCCCGAUGCAUCCGACUACCCUACCCCUGCUUCAGACGAAGCAGAAAACCGAACCGAGACCGCCCCUCCCCCAGCACCCGUCUACCACCUCCCCACCGACUACCACGAGGCCCUCCGCCUGAUCCGUCCCUCAGCAAUGCACGACAUCAACCUCAAACCGCCGCCCAUCCGCUGGGACGACAUCGGCGGCCAAGAAACCGUCAAGCUUUCCCUCCGGCGGGCGGUCCGGCUCUCCGUCGAGCCCCCCGAGACACUAUCACGGUACUUCGACCGUCCCCCCAAGGGAUUCCUGUUGUACGGCCCACCCGGCUGCUCCAAGACGAUGGCAGCACAAGCGAUGGCAACCGAGUCCGGGCUCAACUUCUUCGCCGUCAAGGGCGCCGAGCUGCUCAACAUGUACGUGGGAGAAUCCGAGCGCGCCGUGCGCCGCCUCUUCCAACGCGCCCGCGAAGUCAGCCCCAGCAUGAUCUUCUUCGACGAGAUCGACAGCAUCGCCGGCCAGCGCGCCGGCUUCUCCUCCUCCUCUUCCAGCACCAACAACAACAGUAGUAGCAGCGGCCACGGCGGCAUCAACGUGCUCACGACCCUCCUCAACGAGAUGGACGGCUUCGAGGCCCUGCACGGCGUGGUCGUCCUGGCCGCCACCAACCGGCCGCAGGCGCUCGACCCGGCUCUCCUCCGGCCGGGCCGGUUCGACGAGCUGAUCUACGUCAGCCCGCCGGACGAGGCGGCGCGGCGGGCGAUAUUCGCGCAGGUGGCGGCGCGGCGCAUGUGGCACGCCGACGCCGAUGUCGACCGGCUCGCGCGCGAGUCGGAGGGGUACUCAGGUGCUGAGAUUAAGGGAAUUUGUGCGGCUGCGGGGGUGGCGGCGUAUGAUCGCUGGGUCGGGGGCGGGGAGCCGGCGAUUAUGAUGCAGGAUUUGGAGAGGGCGCUUAGAGGACAGAAGAGGCAGAUUACGGAGGAUAUGUUGAGGGGGUUUGAGGCUUGGGAGAGGCAGUUUAGGAAGUUUAGUGUUGUUGCUUUUUAA